GCUCUUUGCAAUAAAUCUUGCUACUGCUCACUCUUUGGGUCCACACUGCCUUUAUGAGCUGUAACACUCACCAUGAAGGUCUGCAGCUUCACUCCUGAAGCCAGCGAGACCACGAACCCACCAGGAGGAACAACUCCAGACAUGCCGACUUAAGAACUGUAACACUCACCACGAAGGUCCGCAGCUUCACUCCUGAGCCAGCCAGACCAUGAACCCAACCAGAAGGAAGAAAUUCCGAACACAUCCAAACAUCAGAAGGGACAAACUCCGGACCCGCGGCCUUUAAGAAAUGUAACACUCACUGCGAGGGUCUGCGGCUUCAUUCUUGAAGUCAGGGAGACCAAGAACCCACCAAUUCCGGACACACUAGGGAAGUUUAAUUACUUUUCAUUUCCUCAGAUAAGGAGUUUUCGGUCUCUGGUCGCCAGGUGAUUUUUGCUCUCUUCAUGAUUCAAAGGUCACCAGGUGGUUUUUGCUCUCCUCAUGAUACAAUAAGAUGCUGGCUUAUUUGGUCACAGAUGACGUAUCGAAUGUUUUGGGUCUGUUAAGCCUCACAACAACUCAGGUUUUAUCUUAAUUGUACAGAUAGUAAUAGCACAUGCUGACUAGGUGCCAGGCAUUUUUUAAGCACUUUGCUAACUUAGUCCUCACAGCAAUCCUAAGAGGUAGGUGCUACAUAUUACAAUACCUGCUGUACUGGGGAGGAAACAAAGCAUAAGAAACUUGAUUAAGUUCACAUGCAGUGGCACAAUCCUGGCUCACUGCCUCCUCCAACUCCUGGGCUCAAGUGAUCCUCCCGCCCAGUAGAGACGGGGUCUUGCUGUGUUGCUCAGGCUGGUCUCAAACUCCUAGGCUCAAGCGAUCCUCCUGCCUUGGCCUCCCAAAGUGCUGGGAUUACAGGCGUGAGCUACCGCGCCCAGCUCAGGGUCUACACUCUUAACCGUACUGCCUUUCAACAGCGUGUGAGGAACAGAGAGAGGAGAGAGAGACUCCCAUUACCAAUCAGGAGCUCCAGGUGUAUUUCAAACCCUGGGAUUAUCACCGUGUGCAGCAGAUGGCGCCCUGGCGCAUAGCAAUCGGCCGGACCUGCACACGGAGUCAAAACUACCAUACCCACAAUGCUAUGGGGUAUCAAGGUCCCACCCUACUGGUUAGCUGUCCGAGGUAGUGCCUGUGCGCCUUCCUGUGGGAAUGUGUGUACCUAGGCCAUUCGGGCCCUUCCUUUAUCUGCAUAAGACAAGUUAAAAAGUGUUUUAUCCUCCUCUCAUCCUCCUUGUCUUACUAGUUGGCGAGCAAUAGGGCUGAAACAAGGCUGCUGUUUGUUGGCCUCACCUGCCCUAGCCUAACGUGAGGACCCUUGACCUCUGGCCCAAGAUGGUGGCGCCCAGAGCUUCGCUCUUGCUGCUCUCCUGAGGUGAACUGAAGCCAGCAGCCCCGCAUCAUGUCGAAGCUCGGCCGGGCCACCCGGGGCCUCAGGAAGCCCGAGGUCGGCGGUGUGAUCCGGGCCAUCGUGCGGGCAGGCCUGGCCAUGCCCGGGCCCCCACUAGGCCCAGCGCUGGGUCAGAGAGGCGUUUCCAUCAACCAGUUUUGCAAGGAGUUCAAUGAGAAAACAAAGGACAUCAAGGAAGGCAUUCCUCUGCCUACCAAGAUUUUAGUGAAGCCUGACAGGACAUUUGAAAUCAAGAUUGGACAGCCCACUGUUUCCUACUUCCUGAAGGCAGCAGCUGGGAUUGAAAAGGGGGCCCGGCAAACAGGGAAAGAGGUGGCAGGCCUGGUGACCUUGAAGCAUGUGUAUGAGAUUGCCUGCAUCAAAGCUCAGGAUGAGGCAUUCACCCUGCAGGAUGUACCCCUGUCCUCUGUUGUCCGCUCCAUCAUCGGGUCUGCCCGUUCUCUGGGCAUUCGCGUGGUGAAGGACCUCAGUUCAGAAGAGCUUGCAGCUUUCCAGAAGGAACGAGCCAUCUUCCUGGCUGCUCAGAAAGAGGCAGAUUUGGCCGCCCAAGAAGAAGCUGCCAAGAAGUGACCCUUGCCCCACCGACUCCCAGAUUUCAAAGGAGGCAGUUGCAGAGGCUGUGCCCAUGGGAGGAAGCAGGUCACACCAAUAUGAUGAUGGUUUUCAUGACUUUGAAUGAUAUAUUUUUGUACAUCUAGCUGUAUCGAGGCAUCAGGCCUGAAUAAACAUCCUUUCUUA